UUCGAGAAUACGCGAUCUGUGCUUGGAGUCCGCGUACAACCGUCCAAGGUGGGGCAGAGCGGCUCCCGGUCAACUUGUAAAAGUUUGACUUCGUGUCGGUGUAUGGCGGCUUCUCCAUCGAACGGCGGUAAAACACGUUAUUGGCACCCUCAUGGUCGUGUCCUUGCAGCCUUAGUGAAGUGAGCAGGAAAGGACACUAACAAGCCUGUUUCAGAGCGCUGUGAGAGUUCGUCGGGUGGAGCUGUGAGCCGCUGGGCCGCACGUAGCGGAGUCAUGGCCUCGGGUAAGAACAAGAACCAGACCUCUCUGGCCCUCCACAAGGUGAUCAUGGUGGGCAGCGGGGGGGUGGGGAAGUCCGCCCUCACACUGCAGUUCAUGUACGACGAGUUCGUGGAGGACUACGAGCCCACCAAGGCGGACAGCUACAGGAAGAAGGUGGUCCUGGACGGGGAGGACGUGCAGAUCGACAUCCUGGACACGGCGGGACAGGAGGACUACGCCGCCAUCAGGGACAACUACUUCCGCAGUGGGGAGGGCUUCCUGCUGCUCUUCUCCAUCACGGAGCGCGAGUCCUUCACCGCCAUCUCUGAGUUCAGGGAGCAGAUCCUGCGGGUGAAGGAGGAGGAGGCCAUCCCUCUGCUGCUGGUGGGGAACAAGUCAGACCUCGAGGAGCGCCGCCAGGUGACCGCCGAGGAGGGCGUGGCCAAGGCCGCCGACUGGGGGGGGGUGCAGUACGUGGAGACCUCGGCCAAGACCAGGGCCAACGUAGACAAGGUGUUCUUUGACCUCAUGCGAGAGGUCAGGAAGAAGAAGAUGGUGGAGAGCAAAGACAAGAACGGGCCAAGUGGCAAGAAGAAGAAGAAGCGCUGCUGCAUCCUUUAGCUCCCAGCGCCAAAACCAGACACUCCAUCACCUGGGGGGGGGGGGGCACCUGAGCACGCACUCCUCACUUGCACCUUCUUUUUUUGUAUCUCUCUCCAAGUGUUAAAAGACACCUUUGAAAGAAUCUGGAUGUGUGUGAGGACACCUCAUCUACUUCCUGUUUGUGAAUAAAGUAUGUGGACCACUUCCUGGAGGGUCCACCACCACACCUGUUCAGGUAGUAUGCACACUACCUCUUCAGGGACACGGUAGACUACCUGAACUUGUACUUUUUCCUGUAGUACCUGCUCAAGUACUCUGUCCUCUGAUAAUCGUGUGUCCACCUGUUGUUCUGCUCCUCUUGGAAGGUGGUCCCUCGGACACCUGGAGAAGAGUCUUUGUGCCUUAUCUUUAUUUAGCCUCCACACAUUCCACGUGUUCCACUUCCUGCGUUCUUCUUCUUCUUCUCUUGUAAUGAUGGUAGUCCAAAGGGAAUCUAUUUAAAUCCUCUGUUUCCUUUUGAUAAUAAAAAGUGUUGAUUGUCAGAAUGCUUUUUUUUUCUCUCUACCGGCACACACACAAUAAUACGAGUACAACAACAGGGGGGUGCUUGGAUUAAAGAGUAGUUCUUAAUAAAUAUACACGUGGUUGUUGUGGAGGAUUCAUUGGUUUCAGUUGCAGUUAAUAUUUUCUAAAUAAUCUCUAACUCAUUGACUUACUAGUGAUGGAACACCUCACACACACAGUAACACACACACACACUCAGUAACACACACACACACUCAGUAACACACACACACACACAGUAACACACACACACACACUCCGUAACACACACACACACUCAGUAACACACCCACCCACAGGACACAGGUUCUUCAGUUUGUGGGGAUGUAUCAUACAGUCUGAACAGAACAUGUGUCCCUUUAUAUGAUGACGUUCAUGAUACUAAACGUAAACGUCACAAAGUAAAAGUGCAGCAGAGUUUAUAACGUUGUGGGAUUCUGUUGUGAUUCAUUCUUUGGCCACUAGAGGUCAGAGGACUCAUUCAAACAUUUCUAAACACCCCACUUGGUGAAAAACGUUCCGUUUUUGUUUCCGUUUUGUCUUUAUUUUGUUUCUUUACUGUUUUUUUUACUUUAUUUGUUAGUUGCAGCAGAACAGAUGAAUAUAAUAUAUGUACAGUAGAAUACCACUGUAUAGUACUGCAGAUCAUCUGCUAAUAAAGUCUGUUUAUUCUUCUCUACAAUCUGCACCAUUUGAUCAAACUACUGUUGAUUCGACUACCAAAGAUAUAUAUAGAUUUUUUUUUUCUCACCAUUUCAACUGGUAGAAAUGUAAAGGAACCCCCUUUCAAAAUAAGAUCAACUGAGAAUCAUGAGAUUGAACGCUUGAUUUUUGUCCUGAUGAAAAAUAAAAUAUGCUGU